UCUCAUCUCGUAGUCCACGCGUGCCUGGUCAACGUUCGAGGCCUAUAUAUACACUAUACAGUAUAUAUAUACACACACAUGUAUAAAUAUAUAUGGCACCUUUUGCAUCAAAUUUGAAACCUGAAGGUACACAAUUAGAAACCGCAACAACUUUCUCUCUCUUAUCACUUUGUUCCUCUCUGUCCUGUCCGUCUUGUAUUCCACAACCUUGAUCUUCUUCUUUCCGGCCCCCCAAAAUAUUCUUUUUCUCUGUCUCGACUUAGCUAGCUAGCUUCUGCGCCCAGUACUACUGAAACACAAUAUUUAUAAUUAAAUCUCUGAUAUAUAUCAUAUCAGAUGGGUUGCAGGGAUGGUAAUGAGAUUACUAAACUGCAUACAACUGUUUUCAAUGAUAUGAAUAAUCAUCAUCAACUCAUGAACUCAUCAUCAUCAUCAUCUACUUUCCACACUACUUCUAGUACUCCACUAAUUAAUAAUCACUAUCCAGAUUAUAGUAAUAAGUACAAGAUGCUUGGUCCUCUUCAUCAUCAUCAUCAUCAUCAUCAGAAUAGUAGAAGUAGUAGUGAAGUGGUAGUAGGGGUACCAAUGCAAAGUUCACGAUGGACACCGACGCCGGAGCAGUUGCUUGUGCUAGAAGAAUUGUACCAGCACGGAAAGAGAACCCCAACGGCCCAACAGAUCCAAGAGAUCACUAUUAUGCUCCGCCGCUUUGGCAAAAUCGAAGGCAAAAAUGUCUUCUAUUGGUUUCAAAAUCACAAGGCCAGGGACAAAAGAAAACGACGCAAAUUGUUGGAGCAAGCCGCUGCUCGUUCCCAUAAUAAUAAUAAACACUUACUCCUUCCUCCUCCUCCUCAAGAAUUGUCUUCAGUAUCGAGAGUGACUGGUCUUGGAGUUGAGCAGACAAAACAACAGGAAUCCAUCCCAUACAUCACCAGAAUUUCUGAGGAGUUUGCUUCAGUUCCUAGAGUAGCUAUUGAAGUCGAGUGUACAAAUAAUACGUCAUCGGCUCAACUUGAAGAGAAAGAGUUGGGCCUCAUAUUAAAGAGCAGUAGCAACAACAAUAAUAAUAUCAUUAGUGAAGAAAGUUAUGCCACGUGGAACCCUAUGGAAGUGUCCUACUCUUUCCCUCCUGCUAAUUUUGUCCUCAAUUGGGCCAGGCCCACAGUGACAUCAUCACAGAGAAAACCUUUAUUAGAGAGAACACAUGAGAUUAGUAACUUUUCUUUAAUGCCCAACAACACAGGAGCAAAUGAUGAUGAUGGGAGUAAGCAAAGUGUUCAAACUCUUGAACUCUUUCCUCUUAGGAGUGACAAUGUGAAAGGUUGUUCUACUUGCACUGACCACACUAAUAAGAUUAUUACUUCAGACACAGGAAGAGACUCAGAUUUCAAGCUUUCUUUGGGUUUCAUUUCACCCAUUAAUAAUGAAUUCAAUAAAGAAGUUGCUCGAUCAUGGCCAUGUAGUAGUUAGGCCUUAAAAGGUUGGUGGUGACAUGACUUGUUGUGAUUGGCUUUACUUUCCGUGUAUUUUUCAAAAUCGUGGAUGAAAUAUGUACCCACUACACCACAGUCCACACCUACACAUACAUGGACUGAACUGAACUAGAACUAAAUUUAUGUAAUAAAAUUAUAAGAACCAUAUUUCUUCUUUUUCUUUCUGUUAUCGUUUUAAUAAGAUAAUGAAAUAUAAGUGAGAUAGAUGACUUUGAUGACUGA